CUGCUAAUGUUCCGUUCCGGUUUUUUUGUUUGGUGGGUAUGGAGUGAAGCAUUUCGUUUAAAAUGAAGAGACACUUUUCUUUAUUUGAGAGAGUAAUAUUUUCGCUACCAUUAUGUGUUUAGAAUUUUGACAAUUUCUAGUCUUUACAGAAAUUAUAAAUUUUGAAAAUUAGGAAAAAAUUCUGAAGAAUUUGUCUGACGACUAUCGGCAAAAAUUAUUUGAACUGAGAAUUAACUAAUCUUUCAUCAUGGCUACUCCAUCGGCUGUUAUAGCUGCUGCUGCUGCAUUUAUAUUAUUUAUUGUUUGCAACUUUUCUCUUCACAAAAUAGAAGAAGGUCAUGUAGGGAUAUAUUACAGAGGUGGUGCUCUUUUGAAAGAUACAAGUUCACCAGGUUUUCAUAUGAUGGUUCCUUUUAUUACGACAUACCGCUCAAUUCAGGUUACUUUACAGACAGAUGAAGUAAAAAAUGUACCUUGUGGAACCAGUGGUGGUGUAAUGAUCUAUUUUGAUCGUAUUGAAGUUGUUAAUAUUUUAAAUUCAAAUAGUGUUUAUGAUAUAGUGAGGAAUUUUACUGCUGACUAUGAUAAAGCCUUAAUAUUCAACAAAGUACACCAUGAAUUGAAUCAGUUUUGUAGCGUUCAUAAUCUACAUGAAGUGUAUAUUGAUUUAUUUGAUCAAAUAGAUGAAAAUUUAAAGACUGCUCUUCAAAAGGAUUUAAAUAACAUGGCACCUGGUUUAUUUAUACAAGCAGUUAGAGUUACAAAGCCCAAAAUUCCUGAAACAAUAAGGAAAAACUAUGAACUAAUGGAAAGUGAGAAGACAAAAUUGCUAAUAGCUGUUCAGAGGCAAAAAGUUGUGGAAAAAGAUGCAGAAACAGAUAGAAAAAAAGCUGUUAUUGAUGCUCAAAAAAAUGCUGAAGUUGCAAAGAUCCAAUACGAACAAAAAAUAAUGGAAAAAGAAUCUUUGAAAAAGAUGUCUCUGCUUGAAGAUGACAUGGCAUUUUCAAGACAGAAGACAAGAGCAGAUUCUGAAUCUUACACCAAAAAGCAACUUGCUGAUGGCAAUAAAGUGCUUCUCACCCCAGAGUAUUUGGAGCUGAAAAGGUUGGAAGCUAUAUCCCAAAAUAGUAAAAUUUAUUUUGGUACAGAAUUGCCAAAAAUGUUUAUGGAUUCUAGUCAUUGUGCAUCAGAGCAAAAGAAAAUGGUUCAUGCUGCAGACAUUGACACUGAAGACAUGCACGGAAGAAUCUCUGGAAAUGACCUAUGAGAAAAGCUGGUUGUGUUUGAAACAUUGUUAAUGUUAUAAUACGUUAAUGACAUCUGCAAAAAGGAUUGUAAAAGGGUGUGAGGUUUUUGUUUUGUAAAUUGCUUGGGUUUGUUAAUUCCUGUGGUUAAUUUUUGAAGUCCUUGUAAUGCUCCAAAUUUUGUCUGAGAUUUUAUAAUUUUAUAUAAAAAUAAAGUGUAAAUUCUUUUC